CCGGCUACUAGCCAUAUAUAUAGACCUAAAUAAUGUUAGGUUGCAACCCAAAAAAAUUCAGUUAGCAAGUAUGGAAUCCCAAAAAAAUGAAGAAAAUGUUACUUCCAAUUUGCUCAAAGCUCAAAGCCACAUAUGGAAUCACAUUUUCAACUUCAUAAAUUCCAUGUCCCUUAAAUGUGUGGUUGAUUUAGGCAUACCUGAUAUCAUACACAAUUAUGGCAAACCCAUAUCACUCUCAAAACUUAUUUCUUUGCUACCAAUCCACCCUUCAAAAACAUGCUUCAUUCAUCGCUUGAUGCGAAUAAUGACUCAUUCUAGUUUCUUCUCUCAAUAUAAUGUUACCGAGAAUGAGCUAGAAAUCGAGUAUAUGUUAACCGAUGCAUCGAUAUUAUUACUUAAGGACAAUCCGAUGAGCGUGACACCAUUUGUACACGCGAUGCUCGAUCCAGUUUUGACAAAUCCGUGGCAUCAAUUCUCUACUUGGUUAAAAAAUGAUGAUCCUACAACAUUUGAAACGACACACAGGAUGUUGUUAUGGGAAUAUGUUGCGUGUGACUCCAAAUUUAGCAACUUAUUCAAUGAGUCCAUGGCAAGUGAUACUCGAUUAGUGACCAAUUUGUUGAUUGAGAAGUGCAGGGGAGUAUUCAAUGGGUUGGAGUCAUUGGUUGAUGUUGGAGGUGGCACAGGGACCAUGGCAAAGGCCCUUGCUAAAUCAUUCCCACAAAUGGAGUUUAGUGUAUUUGAUCUACCACAUGUUGUUGAUGGCUUGCAAGGUAGUGAGAAUCUAAACUAUGUUGGUGGAGACAUGUUUAAAGAAAUUCCUCCAACAGACGCCAUUUUGUUGAAGUGGAUAUUGCAUGAUUGGAAUGACGAGGAAUGUGUGAAAAUAUUAAAGAAUUGCAAGGAUGCAAUAUCAAAGAAAGGUAAACAAGGGAAAGUGAUUGUGAUAGACAUGGUGUUGGAAAGUGAGAAGGAAAGCAUUAAUGAAUCAGUUGAAACACAACUCUUCUUUGAUAUGUUGAUGAUGGUAGUACUUGCAGGAAAAGAGAGAAACAAGAAAGAAUGGAUUAAGUUGAUUUCCUCUGCUGGUUUUAGCGACUACAAGAUUACUCCAAUUUUAGGUUUAAGGUCACUAAUUGAGAUCUAUCCAUAACAUAUCAUAUCUAGGUGGUCAUUUGUCAUUAUCAUCGGUACUUGUGUCAUUAAUUAUGGGUGGGCAUUAAUAUGUAAAAAUUAGAUUUUUCUAGUGAGAGAAGCUUCAUCUUUUCUCUGACCUAUGCUCUUCUUCAUCUACUUCAACUCACAUUUAUAGUUUAAGUCAAUUUUAGCUCACCAUGAUGAUUAGAGAGUGGUUUGAGUCGGUUUUGAUAUUUCGUUAUCUGAGUCCAAUAUUGUUUAAUUUUCUUGUCUUAGUGUUGUGUAGUUUGAUUUUAUCGUCUUGGUGCGUUGGCUAUUAUGUUCACAUUCAUAAAUCAACUUCUGCUCAUUAGAAGAUUCAUACAGUAAUUACUUGGACAUCAACGACAUAGAUCCUGAGACAUUGGUAUUCUGAUCAUUUUAAUUGUCAUUUUUGUAGACAAUUUUCCAUUUUAUGCUAA